AUGACUCCACGCUUUAGUGCCUUCAGAUCCGCCAUCAGAAUAGCGUCACGUCCAUUUCAAGCCACAUCUAAAAGAUCAUUUGUCAGGUUGCCAGUGGAAGGUCCGAUCGAUGAAGAGACGCUACCUCAUUACGACACGGAGCAUUUCUACCCCGUACACAUUGGAGACUUAUUUAAUGACAGAUAUCGAGUUACGGGCAAGCUUGGCUACGGUGCCUAUUCAACAAGUUGGCUAUGCCGGGAUCUUCGGCUCAGAAGCCAAAAGUAUGUGGUGCUAAAGGUCUCUACGUCACUGCCCAAGUUUCCCACUGCGAUUGAUCGCGAAUUCAAGAUCUACGAGCAUCUCGGGAAAAUCAAAUCCGAACAUCCAGGACAAUCACUGAUCCGAGAGCUCUAUGACUCUUUUGAGCUCCGAGACCAAGCUGGAAACCACCGGUGCCUCGUCCUUCAACCAAUGCACAUGACACUCUUAGAGAUGAUGAGAUUGAAUCCAAGACCGUUUGACCUACCCCUCCUCAAAAUGACAUUGAGACGAUUGUUACUGGCACUUGACUUUUUGCACACCGAAGCCAACAUCGUUCAUACUGACCUGAAGACCGACAAUUUGAUGCUUAGCCUUGAGGAUGAUACAAUGCUGGUUGAUUUUACGGAUGAAGAGAUCAAGCAGCCGAGCCCUCGAAAGAAAAUAGAUGUGACCCGUACUAUAUAUCAGAGUCGACAAUUUCGCAGGCCCUUUGGAGGAGAGGGCUUUGGUCUUCCAAUCCUAUGUGAUUUCGGGGAAGCAAGGGUUGGGAAAACUCAUGAGUCUGGUCCUUUUGUACAGCCCAGUAUUUAUCGAGCGCCAGAGAUCAUAUUCGAAAUGGCUUGGGGAAGCCCUGUUGACAUUUGGAACCUGGGCGCUCUAAUCUGGGAUCUCUUCGAAGGGCAACAUCUAUUUGGGGAUAUUUUUGAUCAAAACGGCAACCACGAUCCUUUCAAACACCUUGCGUUGAUGGUCGCAUUGGUUGGGCCACCGCCGGCUGAUUUUGUCCAACGCAGUGAAACAACGGGUCAGUGCUUUGACUACAAUGGUAAUUGGAUUGCUCAUGAAGAUGCGGUCGUGCCUCCGGCCUCCCUGGAGGUUCUGGAGGAAAGGCUCUGUGGUAGUGAAAAGGAAUCUUUUCUUCACUUUCUUAGGUCGAUGCUGAAGUGGAUGCCGGAAGAGCGCAGGUCUGCCAGGCAGCUGCUUGAGGAUCCGUGGCUGCUCUGA